CUAGCGUGAGGGAACGGUUAUUAUUUGCACACUGUCUACAUCACGUCACAGUUCCACAAUGGCGAGCCCUGUUAUGGAAGAACUUCCAAAGAAUUCUGUGUUGGACCCACUGAAGGGGCUCCUGCUCACUUAUUUCAUGCCAGAAUCAUGUUACGACGAGUUUUUCCUCAAUUUUAACUUUCUGGAUGUGCCAUGUCUAAAGAUUGUGCUGAGCAAAGGUCUGGGCAUUGGAAUCAUCCUGGGGUCUGUGAUGGUAAAGCUGCCCCAGAUCCUGAAGCUGAUGGGGGCUAAGAGUGCAGAUGGUCUAAGCUUCAACUCUGUCUUGCUGGAGCUGCUGGCUAUUACCGGCACCAUGGCCUAUAGCAUUGCUAACAGCUUCCCCUUCAGUGCCUGGGGUGAGGCCCUCUUCCUCAUGUUACAGACAGUAGCCAUCGGGUUCCUCAUUAUGCAUUAUGGAGGCAACACAGUCAAAGGUGUGCUGUUCCUGGUGGUGUACUUUGGUCUGGUAGCUCUGCUGCUCUCCCCUGUAACGCCAAUGCCUGUGGUCAUGGCCAUGCAGGCAUCCAACAUGCCUGCUAUCAUCAUUGGCAGGCUUAUUCAGGUUGUGACUAACUAUCGUAAUGGACACACAGGUCAGCUGUCUGCCAUCACUGUGUUUAUGCUGUUCGCUGGCUCCUUGGCUCGCAUAUUCACCUCAAUACAGGAAACGGGUGACUCCCUGAUGGCCCUGACCUAUGUCAUAUCCUCUUCCUGUAACGGCCUUAUCGCUGCCCAGCUCCUGUACUACUGGAACAGCAGCCCGGCACAGAAGAAGAAGACAGAGUAGAUAGACGGGUGCACAUGAAAUUAGUUGCCUCUAAAUUGGCACCCUAUUUCCAAUAUAGUGCACUACUUUUGACCAGGACCCAUAAGGCUGUGGUCAAAAGUAGUGCACUAUAUUGGGAAUAGCGUGCCAUUUUGGGAUGCAGUAGAGAGUAUACAGACAGGGUGCAGCUCAAAUGGCCCCCUAUUCCAUAUGUAGUGCACUGCUGACCAGGGCCAUGGACUCUAAUGGUACACUAUGUGAAAUUGGGUGUCAUUUGAGAUUUGCACCAAUUCACAUCUAGAAAUGUAUACACUCUGCACUCCCCUACUGUAAGCUUAGCUCUGGACCAAACAUUCUAUUCCCACCACCCAAACCAAGGAACUCUAUACUCUAUCUGACUUCAAUGAUACUGUGACUACAGCCCAGUUAGACUAGCUCACAGAGAAAUCAUUAGUUUUGCCUCAGUGUUUUAGCUCAGGGAAGGGAAGGCUUGACACGCUUAUUUCUCCAUCCUGAACGCUGAUUCUACUAAACGCCACAGAAGUGCCGAUAUGGUGUAGGGUGAAGUUGCCGCUUGACGCUGAUCCUGAGUCAGUUUAGCAUUUUUCCCACUUAUGGUUAAGGUUAGGAUUCUGGGAGGGGAAGCUGAUCCUAUAUCUGUACCUAGGGGAAACUUCAACCCAGAGCUGUCAAAACACCCACUACGGUCAGUUGUUUUUGUCGUACUCCUACACGGGUUGUCCUCGGACCAUAAUCUAGAAUGAAAACGCAUUCCAGAACACAACCAGGAAGGUAACUAUUCUAGCUAUAAUCAAGGGGUCAAGCAAUAGAGGUUUACUGUGAAAUUCUCUGUCUGUGUGUUUAAGUUAAAUGUUCGAAUUUUAAGUUGUUGAAGCUUUGUUGACUGAGUGUAAUCUAAAGCAGCCUGGUCUCAGAUCCUUUAAUGCUUGUGCCAACUUCAUUGCUGUACUUGGUAAACAAUGUUUGGCGUGACGAGUUACAAGGAUUUGGCAUUAUUGCACAAACAGGCUGGCACACAGGCUAGAUCAAAAUAACAACUGAACUAAAUGGUUCAAAUUAUCAGUCCACAUGAUGUUUGUCUGUGUUUCUUUGUGCAUAUAGAUGCUGUAUUUGUUUAAUGAUAAAUCACAUAUUUUAUUGAAUUCAAUGAAUGAGUCCACAAUACUAAAUAAUUCAUUCCAAUUUGAUUCAGAGUAACCUGGGAGCAGAAAUUUGGGGUCAUUAUAGUUUUAUGUUGAAGUCCAAUUUCUCUGUUUAGUUUUAGUUUACUUGUUGAGAUUCAACUUCUCAUGUUAAGAUGCUGCUUGCGCUUGUAUGCGUCAAAAGCGAGUGCUACAGUUCUGAACAUGGUAAGAGUUUAUUUGAAUGCAAAAAUGUAAUAAAAUCUGUUUUGUUUUUGUUGUGACUGC